AUGCCGAAAACCGACCCUGUUCUCGGGACUUUGUCUCAGAGGAUCUCUCAUGCACUACAGACUAUCCGCGGCAUCUACGUCAAGUUGUCUUUGGGGUGUCAAGAAGAGAUUCAAGAUGCAGAAGAGGCAUCGUUUGACAACUUUGUCACCGUUCUCGACAACUUCAUCCACACUCUGAAAGUCCAACACAAAGAGCGCGAAGCAGAGGCACUUCUACGCGCCAAAGACAUUUCCUUAGAGUCCAGAUCCCAUGGUGGUCUGGAUAUCGAGCUAUGGAAACCACUUGAGCUAUCCAGCUGCGACGCAAUUGUGUUUUGGGUCGAGGCAUGGCUUCAAUCCUUGAGCGCAGCCGAGAAGAGCCGACUGCUUCCAUAUCCUCGUCCCGAACGACCAUCUCAAAGACGGGGGAUGACAUUGACGGAGAAGAUCUUUGCACAUCACUCGAUCGGUCCCAUUUCACCUGCUGGUCUCCGGGCAGGCGACUUUGUGCGCGUGGUUGUUGACUGGGUUGCCGCGUCAGAAAUAUCCUACUUCUCAAUCUCCAAGACUCUUUGGCAGUUGAAAUCGUUCAAAACCUGGCGCAAUGAUCGGGUUUGGAUUGCCGGAGACCAUGUCGUCGAUCUGCGGACGUACAACACGCCAUGGAAUCGUCGACUGAUCCACGCCACGGAAAAGGCUGCGCGGGACUUUAAAUUGACUGAUUACAAGGAACCCAACGUGAGUAAUACCUGCUCCUCUGGUGCUGUGGGCUGUCUCACAGUUGGUCUAGGAGCUGCGGAUGUGGCGAUGAGUGCCAUCACAGGAGAGACAUGGUUCAAGGUUUCUGAGUGCAUCCACAUUCGAUUCUUCGGCGUGCCUCACUUGGGAAUUGGAGGGAAGGACAUCAUCUUACACAUCCUGGGUGAGCUCAAGCGUAACACGGUUGCCGCCGAGAGGAUUGUUGAAUUCUCCGGCCCUGGGUAUCGGAAUUCGGCGCAGUCACCGGGCUUUUUUGUCCCAGAUGAUAUUGUCAAAACCUACGUCUCUGGCCGAAAACAAAAGCACAGACGCUCUUCUUCCAUCUGUUUCCAGCCCGACCCAGACGCAGUCUAUGCAGAGACCUGCGAGAUCGACCUAGCCACAGUUAAGCCUCUUUUCGCAAUCUACCCAUCACCCGAUAACGUCGUCCCCGUCCCCGAAAAGGCUGGCACGUACCUAGAUGGGUGCUUCAUUGGAGCGUACACAACGACCGAAGAGGACCUCAUCCUCGCAGCUCUAGUGCUCGAUGUCGGUUUAAAAUGGAACCUUUCACUGGCGCCUGGCAAACGUCAUCUGACUCCCGGUUCCAUCCCCAUCCGCUUGCGACUCGAGGCGCUAGGUUUGCUGGACUUGUACCAGUCAGCCGGGUUCUCACUCAGCGCACCGGGAUGCAGUUUCUGCGUGGGAAUGGGUGCCGAUCAGGCUGGAGAAGGCGAGGUCUGGUUGUCGUCGCAGAACCGCAAUUUCAAAAAUCGAAUGGGCAAAGGAUCAAUUGGCAAUCUCUCUUCUGCAGCGACGGUGGCUGCAUCCUCGUUUGGAAUGACUGUCACUGACCCUGCGCCGUUUCUUGCCGAGAUUGAUGUUGGCUUUUUCAACGCGCUGAAGAACCGUCCAGGGAAGAGCAAGUUCCUUCAGAAUUCGGUCCAAAUGGAAGAUAUUUUCUACGUCGAGCCUAGUUAUGAGUUCUCUUCCAAACCCACAGUGGAAUCUGGCUCUUUACCCUCGGAAAAAAACUGGGAUUCCCCUAUUGAGACUGUUUCGAUGAGACCUCCGAUCGGCGACAGGGUCAUCAGGCUAGGGGACUUUGUUGACACGGACGCAAUUGCACCGGCGGAUUCCUUGGUAACAGCCACAACAGACGAGGCUCUUGGAGACCACUGCAUGAAAUAUGUGAUGCCCGAGUUUCGAGACAAGGUCCGACAAGGACAAAAGGUUCUUGUUGCAGGUAAAGCUCUGGGAGUUGGAUCCUCGCGUGAGACAGCGAAUGCGGGCGAUAGUGCUGAAAUUGAAAUCAGCUUGGAUGAGAGACAGGUCCGGGUUGCUGGCUUGAGCUUUUCUUUCCAGCUUGCCGAUAUGGAGCUUGCUCUUAUCGAGAAUCAGGGCAUGCCCAAUGCCUAUGAAAAAUUUGGCAGCGAUAUCUUCCAGAGCCUUUCCAGUGGAGGAACCGUGUCAACCUCGGAAUCUGCAUCUAAGCCAUUGAAUGGAGAUACAGAUAUCCCUGCGACUCUCAGGGAAUUGCAGUGGUAG